AUGCCUAGCCUGCCCGAGCGCAUCAAUCAGCCGGUACGCUAUUCUGCCCCUCGGCAAGUCAACACGGAUGAUUGCGGCGUUGCUGUGAUCGUCAAUGGCCUCUACACCCUGGCUUCACGACCUCUGCCUCCGACCACCAACUGCAAUUAUGGUAUCUGGCACCGUGUCUUGGCCGCAAUGCUCAUCGAUCAAGAUGAGCCUGACGGCAACCUGAGUCUAGUGCCUCCCGAGCUGGCCGAGGAACCCAUCAUUGACAUGGGCACUGUGGAGCCUCGUCCGGCAAGUCUUCCUGCCUCUGAGUAUAGCGACUGGGUACGCACGGAGAGACAACGAUCCGAAACCCAUAUGAGGUCAACUGCCGACAGCCUUGUCGACUUUUUAUCCGGAUGUCGUUCUCAUCAGAUGCUGAUAACUGAGAUUGUGGCUGUGCUAGAGUCCCUAGCCUUGAACCCAGACAAUACGCUUGAUUAG